UCGCUCUGCUGCGGCUGUGAGCAGCGACAAGGACCGGGAGCAGUGUGAGGACUGGUGCACGGUCGGAUACAGGCACUGGCCACUCUCUGGUCACUCUGUGGUCACUCGACUCAGUGUGAGGAUCAUCACGAACAUGAACAGGGCGGACUACGUCUUCCCUUCUGAUGAGGACUUCAUCAGAGUGGACCCGGCACUCAUUGGGAACAGGUCCAAACCGCGCUUCACACAUGGAGAGGUCAAGGUUCUGCUGGAGGCCAUCAAGAAGAACCGCUAUGUCCUGCUCCGGAAGUUUAACCAGGGCGUCUCCGCUGAGGCCAAGAAGAAGAUGUGGUGUAGGAUCACAGACCAGAUCAACAGUCUGGGGGAGAACCAGAGGGAGGUUCGUCAGAUCAUGAAGAAGUGGGCCGACCUGAAGUUUGAUGCAAAGCGCCGCAUGCUGGGCUCUAGGAAGCGCUUCAGGAGGAGGAACCUGGGCCCCAUCGAGAAGGCCGUCCACAAGAUUCUCACCAUGAGCCCCAAGGGAGAUGGGGAGAGUGACGUAGACCUGGAUGAGGACCGCUCCUUCGCCAGCAUCUCUCUGCCUGAGAAUAGUCUGUCUGAGAACACUACCUUCAGCCUGCCUGACAGCUCCUACAGCGAGACCUUCAGCUCCGAGCUGUCCCUCGCCGACAGGACAGGGGACGACCUGAACUAUGAGUCUCCAGACUACAGCCUGGACUUUGAUGAGGAGGAUGAUGAAGACCAGAGCUCGCUGAUGGAGUCAGAGGAGUUCUUCAGAUCCAAACCCACAUACACAUACUCUCGACAGGAGGGCAGCCCACUCUACCCCCAGGGCCUCGCCCCAUCAACCCAGGGCCAGAAUCUCCAGCAUCAGGGGGCUGGCCAGAUACUGCAGAGCCCCACCCCCUCGCCUCUGGCCCAGUGCCUGCAGCAGCAGAGGGUGGGCCGGAUGCUGCUGGCGUCGGUGGCCCGAUCUGUGGAGACCCUGGCUCGCUCUCUGCAGCUGAUGAAGCAGAGGCAGCAGGACUUUGUGCAGGAGUCUCUGCAGCUCCAGAGGCAGAGCGUGGACACACUCAGGGACUUCUCCAGUACAGCCCUCGCCAUGCUGUGUACAUCACCCCGCCAUACACCCCCCGCCGCACACACACACAAGUGAUACACCCCCUACCGUAUAUACACACAAGUACAAAUACGCAAGUACAAAUACACACAUAAACACAACUGCCACGAGCUCUCAAUAUACUGGGGCCGUUGCGGUGCUGGGGCCCUUGUCGCAGCCUCGUAUGUGGAUAUACAAUAUACACAAAAAUAUAGAGGACAGUAGGACCAAGAUACUACUAAGUGACAAGAAAUGUGUGCUGUAUGUUUUUAUGUUCCCUUUAACCUGUAAAUGUCAGUAACACUGUAGCUCAUUCAUAUUUCAAAUGUAAAUAGACUUGCACGAGACUUUACUCGAGGGCUGCACAAUAUGUUGGCAAAAUAUGGAUAUCGUAAUAUUGGCUGAUGCAAUAAUCGUUACUGUGAGAAAAUAAAUGUAACACAAGAACACCAAGUUAAUUUAGAGAAAGCUACUGUUUUUGGAAGGUAAAAUAUACAAAAAGUUGAGGUUUAUUUAUGAUUUUCAUUAUUAAGGAGGUGGUAUUGUGUAAAAUCUACUUUUUGGAGCUUUCUACCAUAUUCUAAAUGUUGUUCCCAUGUCCAGAACAUAUCAGGUUUUUUAUAUCCAUGCAUGUUUGGGUAUUUUAGCGAUCUCUCCUGGCCCUGUUUAAUAGCACCUUACAGUCAGCAAAAGGAUCCUGUACAAGGCUCCACCUAUGCUCCUGCACCACAGUUAUCAAUAAAUAUACAAAAACAUGAUACAAAAUUGUACAUAACAACUUGACUAACCUGAUGUAGUUUCAUUAGCGGGACGCAUGCUGAUUGUGUUGUGAUGUCAUCAUGAAGGGAGCCGUGACUCAAAAUCGCAAAAUGGAAGCAUGGUGACCUAAAUAUUUCAUUAGACUUGGGCUUGUCUCAGUUCUGUCUUUAUUAAGUUUUUAUUUUGACCCACUUUGACGAGUAAAAGAAGGCAUGUACAUGUAUUUUAUUUAAUUUAUCGCAGUACAAAACUAGUUAUUUGAGUCUUUUUGUCAUCUUUUUGUCACUGUGCAGCCCUACUUCACUCGUGUUACUAAGGCAACCUGCUGUACUUCACAUGUGACCCACCGAUCACGACUAUUCUUCUGCAUGUCUCUGUG